AUGGAUACACAAAUGACUGGGAGUGAAAUUAGAAAAGCAUUUAUAGACUUCUUUAUUAAUAAAGGCCACAAGUAUGUUCAUUCUUCCUCAACAAUUCCACUAGAUGAUCCAACAUUGCUGUUUGCAAAUGCAGGCAUGAAUCAAUUUAAGCCAAUAUUUUUGGGGUCAGUUGAUCCUAACUCGGAUAUGGCUCAAUAUGUAAGAGUUGUCAAUACUCAAAAAUGUAUUAGAGCUGGUGGUAAACACAAUGAUUUAGAUGAUGUUGGAAAAGAUGUAUAUCAUCAUACUUUCUUUGAAAUGAUGGGGAAUUGGUCAUUUGGUGACUACUUUAAAAAAGAAAUAUGUUCAUGGGCCUGGGAACUUCUUACUCAGGUAUAUAAACUAUCUGGAGAUAGACUAUAUGUCACUUAUUUUGGAGGUGAUGAAUCUUCAGGAUUGGACCCGGAUUUAGAAUGUAAAAAUAUUUGGUUAAAUUUAGGAGUUCCUGAAGCACACAUUUUGCCUGGUAGUAUGAAAGAUAACUUUUGGGAAAUGGGUGAAACUGGACCUUGUGGACCUUGUUCUGAAUUACAUUAUGAUAGAAUUGGUGGAAGAAAUGCUGCACAUCUAGUUAAUAUGGAUGAUCCUGAUGUACUUGAAAUUUGGAACUUAGUGUUCAUUCAAUAUAAUAGAGAAUCAGAUGGAUCAUUAAAAUUAUUACCUAAAAAGCAUAUUGACUGUGGAUUAGGUUUGGAAAGAUUAGUCUCUGUUAUUCAAGAUAAAAGAGCUAAUUAUGAUACAGAUUUCUUUAUGCCCAUCUUUGAGGCUAUAGAAAAAGGAACGAAAAUAAGACCUUACAGUGGUAAAGUUGGAUUAGAAGAUGCAGAUGGAAUCGACAUGGCUUACCGUGUGCUUGCUGAUCAUGCUAGAACUUUGACAAUUGCCUUAUCAGAUGGUGGUUACCCUGAUAAUACAGGAAGAGGAUAUGUACUUAGAAGAAUUUUGAGAAGGGCUGUUCGUUUCGCGUCAGAGAAACUAAAUGCAAAACCAGGCUUUUUUGGAUCAUUAGUUCACAUUGUUGUAAAAUUAUUGGGCGAUGUUUUUCCAGAAAUUAAAAAAGAUCCGGAGUCUAUUAUUCAGACUAUUAAUGAAGAAGAAAUCCAAUUUUUGAAAACACUUACACGUGGUCGAAAUUUACUUAACAGGACAAUUGAAAAACUAGGCGACUCGAAAAUUAUCCCUGGUGAUGUGGCAUGGCGUAUGUAUGAUACUUAUGGUUUCCCGAUUGAUUUAACACAAUUAAUGUGUGAAGAAAAUGGUUUAGCCAUAGAUAUGGAAGGCUAUGAGAGAGCAAAAAAGGAAUCUCAACUAUCAUCUCAAGGGAAAACCGCAGGUCAGGAAGAUUUAUUGUCUUUGAAUAUUCAUGCUAUAAGUCAUUUACAAGAAAGUGGUAUUCCUGUCACUGAUGAUUCACCAAAAUACAACUAUAUCGCUUCAACACCUGAGAAAGAUGCGGAAUAUGAGUUUGCUCCAUGCUCUGGUACGAUUUUAGCUUUACGCAGAAAUAAAGAAUUUGUAAAUGAGGUAACGACGGGCCAAGAAUGUGGCAUUUUACUAGACAAAACAAAUUUCUACGCGGAGCAGGGUGGUCAAAUAUUUGAUGAAGGAUAUAUGGUAAAAAUUGACGAUGAUAGUGUAGAAUUCACUGUUAAAAAUGUUCAAGUUAAAGGUGGCUACGUGCUUCAUAUGGGCAAAGUUGAAGGAACUCUUAAAGUUGGAGAUUCUGUUACUCUUAACAUCGAUACAGAAAGACGACGAUUAGUUAUGAAUAAUCACACAGGAACACAUAUCUUAAAUGGUGUAUUAAGAAAAGUUCUUGGUAAUGAUUCCGAUCAACGUGGAUCACUAGUCAUGCCAGAUCGUCUCAGAUUCGAUUUCACUAACAAGGGUCCCAUGACAGUUAAACAGGUAAAAGACGCUGAAGAUGAAAUUAAAUCGAUUAUAAGUGCCAAUAAACGAGUUUAUGCAAAACAUACCAGUUUAAGUGAAGCAAAAAAAAUUAAAGGGCUUCGUGCAAUGUUUGAUGAACAAUAUCCAGACCCAGUUCGCGUGGUUUCCGUGGGUGUGUCAGUAGAAGAGUUAGAAAAAAAUCCAGAGGGAUCAUCUGGGUUAGAGACUUCCGUGGAGUUUUGCGGUGGUUCUCACUUACAUCAAACUGGUCACAUUGGAGAAUACGUCAUUGUUAGUGAAGAAGGCAUCGCAAAAGGUAUUCGAAGAAUUGUAGCCUUAACUGGCCCAGAAGCUAUUAAAGCUAUAAACAAAAUGAGCAUUCUAGAGAAUGAAGUCAAUAAUAUUGCUAAUUUUAUUAAAGAGCAAGGAGAUAAUAUUAAUCAAAAAGAAAUAGUCAAGAAAAUUGUCGAGCUUACCAAUGACGUUUCACAAGCUCAGAUAUCUUAUUGGAAGAAAGAAGAAUUGAGAACAAUGCUUAAAAAUCUUAAAAAACAAUUAGAUGAUAAAGAAAGGGCUGCUAAAGCUAUGACUAUUAAUCUAGUGAUUGAAAAGGCUAAGGAAAUGUGUUUAGAAGAAAAAUGUCCAGAGAUAAUUAUUUCUGAAUUGAAAGCUUACAAUAACACAAAAGCUUUGGAUGGGGCAUUGAAGCAAGUGAAACAGUUUAAGCCUAAUUCUGCUGCUAUGUUUUUGUCUGUUGAUGAAGAUUCUAAUAAAAUAUUUUGUUUGGCAGCAGUACCUAAAACAUUAAUUGAUAGAGGUUUAUUAGCAUCAGAAUGGGUACAAGCAAUUGUACCAAUUAUAGGUGGUAAAGGAGGAGGAAAAUCAGAAUCCGCUCAAGCAUCAGGAAAUAAACCAGAAGCUUUAAAUGAAGCUAUCAAAAUUGCACGCGAUUUCGCUUUGUCAAAAAUAUCUAGUAAU